CGAGGUUCAGUCUAUCUUUGAUAGGAAAGUGUUCUCUCUCUCUACUUGUAAAAUAUACAUAUUUCUGAUUAUAACUCGGAAUGGGUGAAAAGACAAAGCUGUUGAAGCACCAAGACAGUGACGAACUUAAGUAUGGCAGCAUUAAGGAUCAGGAUACAGAUUCACGCCACUCUAGGACUCACUUUACUCGUCAUCAUUGUGUAAUUGUAUCCACUACGCUCGUGAUAGUGUUAGUCUCUAUAAUAAUCACCCUCUCGCUAGGCCUACCGAAGAUUCGAGAGAAGAAGCUGAAGUACCUUGACACGUCAUUUCCUGUUUCUUCCUCCAUACUUGGUGUAUAUGAUAAAGCUGUUAUUCUAGCCGAUGCUGAACCAUGUGCACCAAUAGGGAAGUACGUACAGUAAGAAUUAUGACGUGUAACGUUAAGACUUUUAACAACGUCGGCACUGGGUUUGGCAGAUGUAGUGUGGUUCAGAUACUACUAGAUACUAGUAGAGACCCGCGAAACAUUUGCAGUCAAAUUAGUAUCUUUAUUGCA